ACUAUUCCAAAAUAUACUAGCCACUCAUUCUCAGUUCUAACAAAGCAUGAAACCCUCGUAGGGUUUCUUCUUUUUCACGCAAAAAACAACAGCCUCCUUUGAGCAGUCACUGUCGUACCUUUCCAGGGUUAACCACGGUGUCACCUCCAUUUCCACCAUGUCCCUCACUGCCCUACCCUCCACUACGUGCUCCUUCUUUGGAUUGAGAGACCAUUAAAUCAAAGAUUCCUUGCUUAGACUCGUGUGGAUACGAUUGGAACGACAAUGGCUAGAGUAGCGGGUGAUGCAAAGGAAGAAGAGGAAUUUGAUGGUCUAAGAUGUGUCCUGCUUGACGAGGCAAAUAGUGGCAAUGCCAUGCGUGAGAGCAGAGAUGAGGACAAAGCCGACACGGUGACGAACACGACGAAGAUGGAGAUUGAGAUUGAAGCUAUGACACUGCGUUUUAAGAAAAUUGAGGCUUCUGAAAGUUCAAGAUUAAAAGUUUCGACUGGUGAAAUUGCUAUACUACCUCGAGGUUUUUGUUUUUCUUUGCUGCAAUUCAAGAUUUUUCUCCCUUCAAUAUCUUUGCUCGGCAUGGUGCUUCAUGCUACAAUGAUGAAGCGGUUCAAGAUUGCAGAGUUGGUGGUAAAUUUGAAGGCAUUAAAUAGUCAAGUAAAUUUCUUUUUGGCUGGUAAUGUAGAAUCUUUGGAUGACUUGGUGAAGGAGUUUGUGAGUGCUGAUGAUAAUGCAAAAAGACAGUAUAUUCCCAACUUGAGGAGGAAGUUGACAAGCACAUGGGUUCUGCUGCCAGAUAUGGCAGCCUCUACUUAAAACUUGCCAAGAAGAGUAUGGAAAAGGGUAGACUAGACAAAGAAUGAAAUUCUUUCUUCUAGACCACAUGCUUGAGAAGGUAAUGUUGAUCUGUCUCAUUUGCAUCAAAACAUGGAUGGUCACAUAAGACAAGCCAAGGAGAAAGCUCUAAGCACAAGAGAUAUCUUUGAUAUGACAGAUAAAAACCCCUAUAUAAUGAAUUAAUCAAUCCCUCAAUACUUACACACAAAUGGAGUUGGCAAAAAAUAA